AUGAUAUUCGAAAGCUUUAUUUUAAACUUGUUCAUACUUUUAGCGCUAAUAAUAGCACUAAUAUUUGAUUAUGUGACCAAAUUCUUUAGUUAUUGGUACAUACGCCAUGUGCCGUACAAAUCUGCAAUACCACUUUUCGGAAGCGACUAUCAUCGAGUCCUUGGCUUGAGAAAUACAAGUAACGAAGUACAACAACUAUACAACCAAUAUCCCGAAGACAAAUUUGUGGGCUGUAUCAAAAGCAGGAUCCCAGAUUUGAUCGUAAAGGAUCCAGAUGCAGUAAGGAAAAUUCUAUCAACGGAUUUCUCGAAUUUCCAUUGCCGAGGCCUCGGGCUGGACAAAUCCAGGGAUGUUUGUUUACGAAACAAUUUGUUUUAUUCGGAAGGUGAAAAGUGGACUCUGUUGCGAAAGGAAUUGGAAACAUUGUUGAAGAACAUGAAUAGCGAGAUCCAAGACAACUUACAUGUCUGUUUGUCCGGAAUCAAUGGAGAUACGAACGUUCAACAGUUAUUGUCGGAGUUAUUGGAUAUUGUUUUUAAAGAUUUACUCAUCGGCAAUAAUAUUGAAGGAUCUAUUAUAACAUGUUUGCGAAAACAGGCUGGACAGCGCUCAUUUCAAGAUAAAAUAAAGUGGUAUUUGAAGAAUAUCUUCCCAUCGGUACAUGUAAUUUUGGGUAUAAAUACGGCCAUUUCGCAACUAUAUCAUAAGUAUAUAAGCGUCAUGUGUGAUACUAAGCUUUACAAAGAUAUUAAAAAAAGGGAAAUGGUCUCUGGGGAGAAAAUAAACACGAAAUCAAAGAAAAAGGAUACCGACGAUAAUUGUACAUUCUCUGUACUGAGUUUGUUUAUGACAGAGGGGUAUUUACCUUGCCAUAAUGUUUUAACCUCACUGUUAUAUGAACUAGCUAAAAAUGUUGAGGUACAAGAGAGAGUGAGGAGUAAUAAUAAACAGUUAGAAUUAGCCAUUAAAGAAACAUUAAGGCUUCAUCCACCAUACUCUGUGAUUUCACGUAAAUGUAUUAAAAUGUACACAUUCGCUGAGGACGAGUUUCUCGUAGACAGGGGGGUGACUAUUACAAUACCACUUGAAGCAAUUCAUAGAGACGAGAAAAACUUUAGUGAUGCCUUGUCUUUCAAGCCAGAAAGGUUUGAAAACAAAGACGAUGUUGGAGCAUUUAUGCCGUUUGGGCAGGGACCGCGGAAUUGUGUUGGUGCAGAUUUGGCGAUCAAAAUUAUUACUGAUGUGUCCAGUGUGAUUGUUAAUAAUUUUCAUAUUGAUACCUGUAACAUGACACCAACUGAACUUCGCUUGGUUGAUAAAGAUUUUGGCCGAACCAUAGACAACGAUGUUUGGUUGAAACUAAGACCUAUUAAUAGAAUGUAG